AUAUUUGUUGUUUGAGCGCAGGCUAACAAAUGGCCAGACAGCAUUGUCUAACUAUAUGUCAUACCUUGCCUGGGGUGUGCUAUGAUGAAUAUGUUUUGAUUGUACACAAAUGAUGCAAAAGAUGUGAUUUCUACUUUAGAGGACGUUUCUGAUUUACGAGUGAGGACUUGCAAGAUUUGAGCAGUUUUUGGUAAUAAAAUAUGGUCCACGACUCACGAGAAAAGAUAGAUGACGUUUUGAUUCGAUGACGAUGCAUGCGGACGGUCAUUAUUGCUUUUUUUCAAACUGAAACCCCUGUUGGGAAAUUCAAAUAUCGCGAAUUAAAUUUUGUAUUCAAUUACGACGUCGGAACAACAGAAAAAGAAUCACAGAGGAAGACAUUGAAAACAAUGCCUUCAGAAUUGAAGGAAUGACGAAUCAAGGGUGACCCGUGCAACUACAGAAGCGUUACGCAUGAUGCAUAUGUUUGUAUUGAGCCCGGCAAUAAGCUAGCAAAGUUGCUUCGAUAUCUUUUAUAGAGAAGGAAGCAAGGAAACGCUCGAAAUUCAUUGUAUGAAAAAGGCGAUGGCAGCCUGAUUUAUUUCAUCAUGACGAUUCAAGAUUUAGAACUCGCGAAAUCUAUUACGGCGGUUGAUGUUGAAGGAUACGAUAACAGUGCUGCAUUGAAUCAAAAUGAAUUUGCCCUGCACCAGUUAAUCAAGAAUGGACAGAUGGAAGAUCUGUACCAAAUGAUAGUCAGUUUAGGGGAUCGAAAACACGAUACGCUCAAUACACUGGCAAGCGCGCUGGAUAACGAUGGGCUUACAGCUCUCCACUACGCAGCGCUUAGAACUUCAGUUGUUGCUGUUCGAUCUCUCCUUGACAACGGUGUUUACAUUGACACAGUAUCAAAGGCGGGAGAAACACCGCUUCAUACUGCGCUCAGAUAUAGAAACACUACAGUAGCUGGCCUGCUGAUAACAAGAGGGGCAAGUGUCACAGCUGUUGACCCUUUUGGAAAUAACGCCCUUCACCUUGCCCUAGAAAAUGGUGAAAGUGAUAUCGCUGCCAAACUUAUAAAAAGUAGCCCAUCGCUGGUGCGUUGUCAAAAUAAUACUGGAUUCACUGCAUUACAUUUCAUUGCAGUUUCAGGAGAUAAUAAACUAUGUGGCAUUUUGUUAACACACGAAGGGGACGUCACUGCCAGAAAUAUCAAUGGAGAGACACCGCUACAUUUGGCAAGUUUGCUUAAUCAUGUAGAAGUACUGAAGCUGCUUGUUAAAAAAGAACAUAAGAGCAAAGAAAACCUGACAAAGUUGCUGAGCAUCCCAAGAAACGACAAGCUGACAGCACUUCACAUAGCAGCUAAAAUGGGCCACUUGGAAACAGUGAAAUUCAUGUUGAAUAUUGGUAUCGAUGUUAACCCAUGCUCAGGCUCAGUUCCCAGUGCAUUAGAGCUAGCAGCUGGAAAUGGUCACACGGAACUCAUGGAAUUUCUGCUGCGUAAAGGUGCGACUGUGAAUGCACCGGAUAAAUACAUGAACACAGCCUUGCAUGUAGCUGCAAUGAAAGGCAGAACUGAAGCAGUCCAUUUGCUCAUUUCAAAUGAUGCCGACAUCGAUGCUUGCAAUGAAGACGGUUGGACUCCUCUAUUCUUUGCAGUUUCGAAAUGCCAUAUAGAAAUAAUUGACGUUCUGCUUGAAAAUGGUGCGGAUUGCAAUAAGAUUGAUAAGUCACUUUCGUCUUGCCUGCAUUAUGCCGUAGAGGAGGGAUGUUGCAGGGCAAUUGAUUUGGUUUUGCAGCAUAGCGAAAAAGUACUUCUCUUCCAGAGGAAUACAGAAGGUAGAUUGGUUUUCCAUGAAGCAGUUAUGACCAAUAAUGAUAGGAUUCUAGAAUUGCUACUGAACCGCUGCUCUGGCACCAUCAUAUACUACGAUGAAAACAAAACAUUGAUUCACUUGGCUGCGCAGGAGGGGAAAUUGUUCUGUUUAAAGAAAUUGAUUGACAUUUGGCCAAGGGAUUACCUGGAUAUGCAGGAUAGCAACGAACGAACGGCUCUUCAUUUGGCCGCAAUGAACGGACAUAUUGACGUAUGCCGUUUACUAAUUGAAUCUAAAGCUGACUUGCAUACCAGAGAUAAAGAUUCUAAAAAGGCCGUUGUGCUAGCAAUUGAACGUGGUCACAAUUACGUAUUGAAGGAGUUCAUAGAUGCAAACAUGGAAAUGCAUGGCGAAGAAGCAAUCUCUGCAAUAUCAAAUGGCAACGUUGAGGGGCAUGUUAUGUUGAUGGACUACCUUGCGUACAAAUUUGUUGGUAGAAAAGGCUACAGAGCUACAGGCCUUGCAAAAAUGGUUUUUGACAGUGGGUACCCAGAAAUCGUUGAAGCUGUGGUACAACAUCACAGUUUCCAGCCUUCCUUGCAAUAUCGACAUAUUCAAGCUGAAGAGUUCAUGCCAACUUUAAUUUCAAAAUACCCAGAUGUGGCCAAAAAAGUUCUUGAUAACGGAAUAACAGUAUCAAAUCAUCAAAUAGACAGCCCUGAACUGGAAGUCACGUACGACUUUUCUGCUUUGGAGUCGUCGCCUGACAUGUCCGAUGCGAUUGUCGGUUGUGAUCUUUAUUUUGGACCAGGCUUGAUGGCAGACUUGGGCAGAUGGCAAUGUCUUGCGCAUCCCUUAACACAAAAGAUGGUGAACAUGAAAUGGAAUAAGCAUGGCGCAUUCGUUUUUUACACUUCUUUGUUGCUUUAUCUAGCGUUUGUCAUCAUGCUCACGACGUUGGUAAUCCUUGAGAAAAAUUUCGAUGUUGAAACGGCAGUGAAAGCUGUGUCAAGUCAGAGUAAAAAGUCCACUAACUCUACUAGCUCUUGCAUCCGCUGUAAAACAGAAUCAAGGAAUGCACCUUCGCAAACUACCAAUGGCAAAAUACUUGGUGGAUUCGUAUUCAGCUUUGCUCUGUUUCAAAUUUUAAAGGAGUUGCUCCAAAUAAUCAUAUUGCGACGCCGCUAUUUUAAAGACCCAACAAACCUGCUUGAGUGGUUGACGUAUAUAUCUGCAUUAGGAUACCUCAAUGGGUUCACUGUCAAAAAGUAUACCGACCUCAAAGUUGAACUUUCGUUUGGAGUAACCAGCGUCUUUGUUGCUUGGCUCAAUGUCAUGCUGUUUUUAAGGCGGAGUCCAUUGUUCAAUAUUUAUAUUGUUAUGUUCACGCAAGUAACACUGACCCUUGUAAGGGUUUUAUUCGUGUUCACCCCAUUGCUGCUUGCAUACGCUUUGACGUUUAAUCAGCUUUUCAUUGCCCAGCCAUUGUUCAACAAUGUUGGCAAGAGUCUGAUGAAAUCGUUCGUUAUGUUUAGCGGAGAGCUGGAGUACAGUGACACUCUUCCAAACUCGAUUGGCAAAACCGACAGUGCCUCCUCCCUUCUUCUCGUAUACCUACCUAUAGCUGCCUAUCUUCUAUUCGUAUUGUUCAUCAUAAUGGUUCCAGUGGCUCUCAUGAAUCUGUUGGUUGGUUUAGCUGUGGGUGAUAUAGGUAGUAUUCAGAAAACAGCAGAAUACAAUGUUAUGAAACAGCAGGCACAAUACAUUCAGGACUUGAACUCAAAAUGUCCUAAGUUUAUCCUGAAAUGGACCUACAAGAGAUGUCAUACCGAGAAACCAAACCAAAAAACGUGGUUUAAAAGAGUUACAUCCUUCUCAACUACCACACAAAAUGAGUAUCGAGAAUUUUUAGAAAGAAAACAGAAAAGCCACUCAAACAACGGCAAAAAAGAAGAAGAAGAGAAGCUAGACCAGAUUCAAAAGACACUUGAAGGGCAGACUCUUGCUAUAGAUGCACUGAAACAUCAAAUAGAACAAACCUCAAGAAUACUGAGAGACAUCAAUCUGCGCUAGAAUCUGGGGAGUGUAUGGUGAAAUAAAUCGUAUAUAGUAGUGGUGUUGUAGAGGUGUUGAAGAAGAAGAAGAUAAAGAGGGGAAGCUAGACACGAUUAAAACACACUUGAAUGGCAGACUGUUGCUAUCGAUGACCUGAAGCAUCAAAUAAAACAAACCUCAAGAAUGCUGAGAAACAUCAAUCUACGCUCGAGUCUCGGGAGUGUAUGGUGGAAUAAAUCGUCUAUAGUAGUGGUGUUGUAGAGGUGUUGAAGAAGCAGAAGAGGGGAAGCUGGACACGAUUUAAAACUCACUUGAAGGGCAAACUCUUACUAUCGAUGACCUGAAGCAUCAAAUAAAACAAACCUCAAGAAUGCUGAGAGACAUCAAUCUACGCUCGAGUCUCGGGAGUGUAUGGUGGAAUAAAUCGUCUAUAGUAGUGGUGUUGUAGAGGUGUUGAAGAAGCAGAAGAAGAGGGGAAGCUAGACACGAUUUAAAACUCACUUGAAGGGCAAACUCUUACUAUCGAUGACCUGAAGCAUCAAAUAAAACAAACCUCAAGAAUGCUGAGAGACAUCAAUCUGCGCUAGAGUCUGGGGAAUACAUGGGGGAAUAAAGUGUCUUUAGUGGAGAUUUCGAAGAAGAAGAUUAAGGAAAGCUAGAACAGAUUCAAAAGACCCUUGAAGGGAAAUCUCUUGCUAUCAAUGCCCUGAAACAUCAAGUAGAACGAAAUUAAAGAAUGAUGCUUAAAAACGUAUACACACUUUUUGAUACAAAGCAUUUCUUUAACUGUGAUUGUCGCAAUCUAUAAAAUUUUUGUUACAGAUGUUUAGAAGUGAAAAUACAGCAUUAAAGUUAAGUCUGUUGCAAGUUAUAUAAAUUAUUUUCAUAUAUGAUUUACAUAUAAAGAACUAUUUAAUUUAGUUUUAGUUUCAUCAAAUCUGGACAGUAAAUACGCUGGUAAAUUUCGCGAUACCUUAAUGCUAAAAGCUUAGUUUUCCUUAAAAGUGUCAUGAAGUAAAACUUAUUCUUGUUCAUCUUCUUUCGUCAUGCAUAGGUAUAUAUGCGUUUCUGCAUAGGUAUGCGUCAUAGGGCGAGCAGGGCCUUGCUGUGACGGUCAGGUAGAUCGGUCUAAAUAUCUAGAAUUCUAGAUGGUCAUUUAACUUAUGCAUUAGCUUUACAUUUAUGCAAUAGCUCUGGUGCUCCGAUGCCGUAUCUUUUCUCCUGUCUUCUUUUGUAAGACGCUUGCGGAAUAUUUCCUCUUUGAUAAUAUGCUACAGACUUGUGAUUUAAACUGUGUCAAUGUCAAUGUUCAUAUGCAAGUGCCGGACAUUUUCCAACAAUUUUAGAUGUUACUUCAGAAACUUUCGACAAUGAGUCACCCAAUGUGGAUAACCAAGAGCACAAUGUGAGCGCCGCUUUUCCGGUUGGAUUAAAAAAGUAGCAAGUCACGGACAAGGGUAUAGUACUACGAAACUUAAUAAACUUUGCUAAGCUCAUUCUUUAUCGCCAUCAGUCUGGUCUAGUAAAUUCGAUAAGUAAAGGCAGGACCGUCGAGAGAGGGGGGGGGGUAACCAGGGUAGUUACCAGGGGGCCCGGGGCCUUGAGGGGCCCGUAGAAAAUAAGGUAUGUAUUUUUGGCUAUGAAUUUUCAAUUAGCAGCAUUGGCAGGGCGGGCCCAUGACCCGAUUGAUAUUCGAAAUUUAAUCUUUCAACAUGGAAUCAACAAGCUGGUCUAUGAUGUGUGGAAUUCCUAUAAACGUAAAAGUAAAUCUUCCAUUCACGGCGUACGCCAGAGAAAAAGCACAUGCGAAGAACCAAGACAAAUCCAAACGCUAUAAAAGUCUUUUUCAAAAUCACUAAGCGGGAUCACGAUCCAACCAACCCCUGCGAUGUCAUCUUGCAGGCACAAGUCUGGUGCUCAGAAAAGGCAGGAAAAAAAGAUACGAGAAAAAGAAGCAAAGAAGGCCUCUCGCACAUUGUUUGAGGUAGGUGCUUACAAAAGAGACAAGGAAUGUGAUUCAACUUUAAAUAAACCUGGUGAAAGCUCUGUUCAAAGCACCGCUGAAGAAGAAGAAGACACAAACGGCUUGGCUGCUUCGGUAGACCAUGACACCACAGAAAGUAGAGAAAACACUACUGAUUCAUCAUCAAAUCAAGAUACUGUUCAUAGUGGAUCAUCUAGUUUUGAUGUCGGCACAUUGACCGGAUUUCCAACGAUAAAGGAGUUAGAAAAGGUUGUUAGAACUGGUCAUUUGCCUCAUCCUCCAGAGUUUCCCAAAGAUUGCGACGGCCAGAAAUUUCCAACAACGGUCCUAAAUGUGAAGCAGCAAAAUGGGGAGGUAGUAAGAAGCUGGCUUGUUUUCUGUCCUACAAAGGCUGCACUCUAUUGUUUGCCAUGCAGGUUGUUUGAGCACACUAUUAAUAAUGGUUCAAAAUCAAAAUUGGCUUGUCCUUAUGGUUGGGGAGCGAACGACAGCUGGAAAAGAUUGUGGGAAAAGAUUAAGGAUUUCGCCAUGAGGAAAGCAAGAAAAGCAGUUUUUUAAACAUUAAAUUAACUCUGAUUGUUAAACUGGUUUGUUUUAAUGAUUUGUUUUAUAUAGUCACUAAUUACAUGUUUUGUUAAAGACCUUAAAAUACAAAUUCAAGUGUUUCAGGGGCGUUGAUUUCAAAAUUCAUGCCUUUUACAGUCCAUCUAACUGCAUUGCUAAGGGCGUAACCCAAAAAAGGAUUUUGCAGCCUUAGACGGUGGGGCCCCAUGACAGUCCCAGCCCUGGGGCCUGGCCCUGGCGCCUGGCCCUGAGUAAAGGCCGAUUUUCAUUUGACAUUUUUUGCGCGCGCAGACGUAGCGCCAAAGUCUGAGCAUGCGUAAUUAAAAUCAAGUGGUUUUGAUUUUGCGUCUGCUGUGAGCGCCAGAAAGUUGAAAGGGUCUCAACUUUUUUGUGCGCUCGGCCACUUGACAGCAGCACUUAGCUACGCAUGCUCAAAUUCGGGGGCCACGGCAACGCGCACAAAUCAGUGGAAACCAAAGUUGCUUAUCAUAAUCAUAAUAUGCAUCACUUUGACUUAGGCUCUGUAAUUUUCAGGGCCUUUUUUAACAUACUAAUUAGGGGGCAAUUGCCCCUGCAGUCCCAAUCACUUUCUAUUGUUUUAAACAAUAGGCUAUUGUCCUUCUUCUAAAAUAAACAAAGGUUUGCCCCCACAGUUUAUUUCCCUUGGAGUAGGUGAUUGUAUUUUUCUCGUCAAUCAACAUUUCGCUGACAAAAAAGAUGACGCCUUUAUUGAUCUCCCUGUAUCACAGAUCACCGAUGAGAAAGGAAUAUACCCGACAGCCUGAUCCAUCCUUUUAGUCUUCUUUUGAAAAUUCAGACCAAACUUUAGUUCAAGUCAUAUGGCUCAGGGCAGUGGCGAAGCCAAAGAUCCUGCUGGUCCUGAGCAGGACAAAGAAUUUUCAAAAAAUUUGAUUUUCUAGAAACUAAAUACAAAUAUUUCUUCUUUGCCCCCCAUUAAAUAUGUAGAGCGCAUCUCCGCCAGCAUAUACAGAUAUCCCCUGCAUUUUGGUUCUCUGAAUUUUAGUUCUAUUCACAAGCAUAAUACACUAUGUUUGGUUAUGAUGAUGAUAAUGAUAAUAAUAAUAGGAAUAAGAAAGCUAAUUCUCCAUUUUGGAGAAAUUAUCCUGCAGCUUGGUACAACAAACUUGAUGCUACGUAUAAACAAACUAUUUUUUGAACAAUUAAGUCCCUUGGUUUCAGAAGUAUUUGUAGGGUUUUGUUGAUUGUUCAUGGAACAUUGGCUUUAUUUGUAGCUAAACAAGUCCUUUUUUAUAUUUGUAGCUAAACCUUGGCUUUUUGAUAGAAAUUUUGAUAAUCCCAUAGGUGUUUAAUGUUUUCCCCAUGGAAACUACUUUUUAUGCAGUGGAUCAGUCAAUUUUCCUUUGAAGUUUGAUAUUAGGUUUGCCAUGUUUUAUUUUCAGUAGGGAUGAGGCUUCCCCAUACCUCAAAUAUUCUAUCAUUUUAUAAUUUAAACCUUUUACGAACCCGAUAUCAGUUUUCCUAUUAUUUUUAACUUUAUUUCUAUGAUUAUGGUCAAUUUUUCUCUAACAAUACUUUUCCAUUGUUUUUUUGCUAGCUCUUUGAUCUGACAUUCUUUUAAAUUGAUGUCGGUCAUCUUAGGUCGCCCAAUUCUUAGUUUUAUAGGCACCUAGCAACUUUCAAGGAUUUUUGCAUCAUGAGGCAUUGAGCCUCAGGGUGGCCCUGUAGAGAAUCUCACUCUUUUUUUAUAAGAACAAUUUUAUAAGAAGGUGAGUCUCGAAAUUGGUCAACAGUUACGAUUAAAUUAAGAAUAAUAGAGCCUAAAAUUUUCGAAAAAAUCAAAAACAG